GCCUUAUUAAACUCAGGGGUCCAUGUGCUCCUAUGCAAAGGGCCCGUGUCCUACCGUGGGGUAGCUGUCAGCUCAGUGUCUCUAAUCUAGGGUCAGUACCACCUUCGCGGGUUUGAAGUGGCCCUCAGACCGAGGCCACUGGAUUGACAGCCCCCACCAACCUCAGCCUUAGUCUUCACCCCAUGAGCUCCUUUACACAAGAGGAGGCUUCCAAAGCUGCUCCCAGUGAAGCUCCAGGUCACAACUAUGAGUCCCUUCAGGUGACAGCUGUCCAGAAACAUGUGCUUCAUGUGCAGCUAAACCGGCCAGAGAAGAGAAAUGCCAUGAACAGAGCCUUCUGGAGAGAGAUGGUGGUGUGCUUCAACAAGAUCGCACAGGACCCUGACUGUCGUGCGGUGGUGAUCUCUGGUGCAGGAAAAAUGUUCACUUCAGGGAUCGACCUUGUGGACAUGGCUUCGGACAUCUUUCAGCCCCAAGGAGAAGAUGUGGCCCGCAUCAGCUGGCACCUCCAUAACCUCAUCUCCAAAUACCAGGAGACCUUCAGCGUCAUCGAGAAGUGCCCUAAGCCGGUGAUCGCUGCCAUCCACGGGGGCUGCAUUGGUGGAGUGUCUCCAUCCAGCCUCAACCUUCCAGGAGUGGAUCUCAUCACUGCCUGUGACAUCCGGUACUGUGCCCAGGAUGCCUUCUUCCAGGUGAAGGAGGUGGACAUAGGUUUGGCAGCGGAUGUGGGAACCCUGCAGCGACUGCCCAAAAUCAUUGGAAACCAGAGCCUGGUUAACGAGUUGGCCUUCACCGCCCGCAAGAUGAUGGCUGACGAGGCCCUGAACAGUGGACUGGUCAGCCGAAUCUUCCCAGACCAGGAGGUCCUGCUUGAGGCGGCCCUCGCCCUGGCGGCCGAGAUUUCCAGCAAGAGCCCGGUGGCGGUGCAGGGCACCAAAAUCAACCUGCUCUACUCCCGCGACCAUUCCGUGGCAGAGGGCCUCAACUACAUGAAAUCCUGGAACAUGAGCAUGCUGCAAACCAAGGACGUCAUUAAGUCUGUCCAGGCCGCCAUGGAGAAGAAGGAACUGAAGACCAUCACCUUCUCCAAGCUCUGAGAGGCCCCUCGGCCCAGGUCGUGGUCCUGGACCUGGCAUUGACCCGCCUCGUGCCUCAACCAGAGAGGGAGGACUGGUGAAGAUGGUCACCUCGCUGUCUUCUCAGCCUCCCAGUUUAUAACUUUAUGACACUGAUUUCCUCAUGUCUUAUCUUCACCCCGCGAACAAUAAAGCAGUGUAAAGAA